GUGCUCUCUGACCAGGGGCGGACUGACCAUUUGGAAACUCGGGCAUUGCCCGAGGGCCAGGGGUCAGUAGGGGGCCCCAUGAGAUACCCCUGGUACCUUUUUCAUAGGCUUUUUUGAGUUUGGGCAAGGACACAGGGGCCCCAUGAUCCCCUAUUGCCCGGGGGCCCCAUCAGUUGUCAGUCCGCCCCUGGCUUCCGCCACUGGAGCAGCGUCUUCUGAGUGUAGCUUGAGCUUGUUUAUUUCACAGAGCACAAAAUUGGCAACUUACAAGAUAAAAGGCAUGUGAAUAGCUCAUCAAUAUG